AACAAGCAAAGAAUCCAUACAGUUGCUGAAUACCUCCGGUUUUCUCCGUCAAUUACUUUUCCAUUAGAAAUUGUCAGCACCCAGUGAGGUCUACAAUUUCGAAUUUUUACCAUGGCCGUCAGUCAAGUUCGUCAAAAUUUUCACGAAGAUUCUGAAAAUGGCAUCAACAAGCAGAUUAACAUGGAACUAUACGCAAGUUACGUCUACUUGUCUAUGGCAUACUACUUUGAUCGUGACGAUGUAGCAUUACACGGAAUCAGUGAAUUUUUCAAGAAGAAUUCUGACGAGGAGAGGGAACAUGCUCAGAAGCUGAUGACGUAUUUGAACAAGAGGGGAGGAAGAAUUGUACUCUACGAUGUUAAGCAGCCACCUAGGAAUGACUGGGGCAAUGCAGAGGAAGCGUUCUUGGCAGCUUUACAGCUUGAGAAAGAUGUCAACACCAGCCUGUUGUCGCUCCAUCAAAUUGGAAAUGUUCACAACGACGCUAACCUCUGCGACUACUUGGAGUCCGAGUUCCUCCAGGAGCAAGUGGACGCCAUCAAGGAGUUAGGAGACAAACUCACCAACAUCCGUCGUGUUGGAAAGGAAGGUCUCGGCAUCUUCAUCUUCGACAAAGAGCUCAAAUCCUAGGCCCUGAUAUCACAUAGUUGCGGAGUACUUAUACCACUCCUGCAUAUGUUACCUACUUAUCCUGUGUUAUAAUCAAAAUGUUGCUUAGAAGGAGUACAAUUGUUCCUCAUUCGUAAAGUGGUUCAAAUUUUAUAAUGGUUAUAUCUUUGAGAUGCAUUUAUUACCAUUCCAUCGCUACGUUCAUGUUUGUAUAGACGACUAGAGAUAACUUGCACGAUGAUUUUUUUCCAGAAACCAAAGAUCUCUGUCAGUAUUUUGCAAAAUUUCUUUUGUACUGUUUUUCAAACCCAUUUUGUUAUCAUUAAAGCAACUUAAAAAGUUU